AAAGCAUUUGAUCUGAUAACUCAAAACCGAGGUUUCCGCCACAGGCCCAGAAAAAAAAAAGCGGUAACUGGCAGCCGGCCGGGCUCUGCGCUGGUUGCCCGCAGAAAAAAAUAACUCUCAAGCACCUACCCAGGAAACUCUCUCUCUUCGGGACUGGUAUAAACUGCCGCCCCAGCCCAUCCCUGAACCCUCAAAAGUGGGUAGAUUACCCAUCCUCGUUUCCUACCAUGCUCCCCGAGCUUUCCUCCCAGGUCACUACAGACCCUUAGCCGCCGCCGGGCACUCUAGCUUCCGCUAGAGCGGGCCUUUAUGGUCCCAGCUGGAGACCCAACCCAUCUCGCGCUCUGACUUUCCCUCUGCUUCUGGCAGCACUCUCGUCCCCCCCGCCAUGGCAUCCUCCUCCUCGCUCAAAGUCGAAGCGCACAUGCCUGCCGAGCUACCUGCGCUUCAGGCGCCCCGACGCACAGCGGCUGUCGAGGCCGUUGAGGACAUGCUCUACGGCUCCAUUGCCGGCAUCGUGGGAAAGUACAUCGAGUACCCGUUCGACACGGUCAAGGUCCGGCUCCAGUCGCAGCCAGACCACCUUCCGCUCCGGUACACGGGACCCCUGGACUGCAUCCGCCAGUCCCUGCGCGCGGAUGGCGUGCUCGGGAUGUACCGCGGCAUUACCGCCCCCCUCGUCGGGGCCGCCGUCGAGACGAGCAGCCUCUUCUUCCUUGAGCGCAUCGGGAGGGAGCUCAUAUACAGGUCGGGCUACAGCCCCAGGGGGGCGGAGCUGCCGCUGCCGGCGCUGUGGCUCACGGGGGCCUUCUCUGGCGCCUUCACGUCCUUCCUGCUCACGCCCAUCGAGCUGGUGAAGUGCAAGAUCCAGGUCCCCGCGACCGAAGCCGGGGCCGCCGCAACCCCGCCGAUGAAGCCGCUCGCCGUCGUGAGGAAUGUCUUCCGCCACGAGGGCCUCGCCGGCUUCUGGCACGGCCAGAUGGGCACCCUGAUCCGGGAAGCCGGGGGCAGCGCCGCCUGGUUCGGCAGCAAGGAGACGACGAGCAAGAUGAUGCGCGACUUCAACCUGCGCGCCGCCAAGACGGAGGCCGAGAGGGAGUCCAUCAGCGCCAGGCCGCUGCCCUUGUGGCAGCAGGCGGUGGCGGGGGCCUCGGCCGGAAUGUCGUACAACUUCCUCUUCUUCCCGGCCGACACCGUCAAGUCGAGGAUGCAGACUAUCGCCAUCGGCCAGUCGGCCGCCAAAAGGACCUUUUGGAAAGAGUCUGUUGCCCUUUGGAACCAGGCCGGCAUCAAGGGCUUCUACCGAGGCUGUGGCAUCACGGUCGCACGUGCCGCCCCCAGCUCAGCCUUCAUCUUUAUGGUGUACGACGGUAUGAAGACGUAUAUUCCAAUAUCUUGACUAGUGGACCUACGGAGCUCGGUGCCUAGCCCAUCUUGUCUAGGUCGUUGGCCGCCCUCAGGCUCACCCGGUAUCGGCAGUCUGGCGGCUGAGCCUAGAGCUACAUGAUCUCUAGAAAUACGAACAAGACUGGAUGGAGUGUUGGGGUUAAAAUGUGGCGUUUGAGAUUUCUCAGGGGUUCAGCUCAUUUCUGGACCCAUUACUGGAUAGACAAGAGCCCUAGUGGGGCACCGCAUCGGGAUAGACGGCGCAAGACAGGCAAUUUCUGUGAUUUCUGCUACUGUUUCUAGUUCCUGGAUUUCUGGUUAUAGAUAGGCUCAGUGCGUGAUGAGAGAGUUGGCGAAGUCAUGAGACUUGCAGAUCCCAUGGCCCAAUCGAAAGACCCUGACAUGUUUCCAAUGAUCCUUGUACAUAAAAUGUUCUAACUAGCAUUACUAGUCCUUGGAAACCUCCUUAUCCUUUAGAUCCCAAUCGUUCA